GCAGUGGGUGAGCCGAGCAUCCCUGACGCUGAGAGAUACAUACAGGCACACAUCCAUGAUCUGAAACCCAGGGCAGGAGAAAGAACUGUGCCUCAGCCGUGGUGGACAUUUGACUGGAAGUAUAUAGUUCCCCUUCUGGCAAUGUGGGAAUGGACCAGACUCAUGAACGCAAGAUGAGUUUUGAGGGGGCAGAGGGUAGACCAGCUCCACCCACUUCCCUGCCCCUGCAGGGCCAAGGGGGCGUGGCAUCUCAGAGGAAGAAGCUGUCGGCUCCUCCUAUAAGUCUAUCAUUGGACCAAAGUGAGGAUGACCUGUUCGACACACCAGAUGACCUCGAUAUCAAUGUGGAUGAUCUGGACACCCCUGAUGAAGCGGACUAUACUGACCAUGAGAUUGACUGGGAAGAACCUCAAGCAUCCCAGAGAGAUUCUGCAAAAGAAGCAGUUGAGCCCAUUCCCACAUACAGUGCUCAGGAGGAGCGGCAGGAUUCCAAACUUUGGAGAACCGUCAUCAUUGGAGAGCAAGAGCACCGCAUCAACAUGAAGAGUAUUGAACCUUACCAAAAAGUCAUAUCCCACGGAGGCUACUAUGGCAAUGGUGCAAAUGCUAUCAUUGUGUUUGCUGCAUGCUUCCUCCCUGACAGUGACAGAGAGGACUAUCACGAGAUCAUGGAGAACCUGUUCUUGUAUGUUAUCAGUACACUAGAGCUCAUGGUAGCAGAGGACUACAUGAUUGUGUACCUGAAUGGAGCCACUCCACAUCGGAGGAUGCCUGGCCUAAACUGGCUCAAGAGAUGCUAUCAGAUGAUUGAUAGGAGGCUCAGAAAGAACUUAAAAUCUUUCAUCAUUGUUCACCCAUCAUGGUUUAUUAGGACAAUUCUAGCCAUCACGAAACCGUUUAUCAGCUCAAAGUUCAGCAGUAAGAUCAAGUAUGUGAACAGCUUAGCAGAACUGAAGGAGCUCAUCCCAAUGGAGUACGUCCACAUACCUGAGUGCAUCAUCAGACUGGACGAGGAGUUACGGGAAGCGGCAGAGAGCUCUAAAAUCAACAGCUUUCUCCAAGGAAGUGAGAUUCCACAAGAAUCGAUAGCUCAACCCAAUGCGAGCAGUUCAUAAGAGCCGUUGGCUGUGGGUGAAAGAUCAGUAUGUCUUUAAAGGUUUUGAGUAUUUCAAAUUGUAAUGAUUGCACACAGAUGUGGGUGCAAUAAUUGCAUAAAAUAAGAGAAAAGGGUAUUUUUUAUGCUUUGGUAUCUCACAGUGCUGGGAUGAAUAGUGCAGCACCACAUGUUCUUUAAAGGGUUAGUUCACCCAAAAAUGAAAAUUCUG